CCUCUUUCUUUUUCUACUCUUUCCCCUGUAUCUGUUUCUUCUCCAAAUCCCCCCUGUAUAUCAUCUUAAUUAUCGUUGCGAAAUAAUUUGGAAGCCUUUGCUCAAAUAUGUUGUUUGAUUGAGUAUCAUCUUCACUAUUUUCUCUUUGUCUUUAUGUGUCGUAGUAGUCGUCAAAGAACUGAUAAUGGCCUCCCUCUACUAAUUUAGAGAUUUUCGCUGCAUAAGCUUGAAUGAACACUAUUUCGCUGCAUAAGCUUGUCUUGGUCACUUGUUGGAUUAAGGUUGUCAUGAUCCUAUAUCUGUAGUAUUCUCUCCUAUACAUACAUUUACAGAUCUAUUAUUUAAAUGUUCAAGAGAUCUGAACUUUAAUCUAACAUAAAGAUCUGGAAUUUGCCUGAUUGAUUACAAAUCUAAGUAAAGAUUCAAACUCACAAAAAGUACAAAUAAGGAUAAUAAGAUUAAGGUUUGCCUGAUUGAAAUUUGCCUGAUUGGUUAUAAAGAUCUAUGGGUACCUGUUCUUACAAUCAGAUUUUUAUCUCAGUACUCCUUAUAAUGGAUUUGGAAACGUUUUUAUGCAGUAGUGAUAACAAGUACAUAAGAUUAAAUUUCCCUUGAGCAUUAAGAUAAAAUUAAGUCUCAAUGGAUUUUCAUCUUGUUCUAUUUUGACCUAAUUAAAGAUUGGUAGAGCAAAAAUGAUGAGGAGAGUAUUCUCGCCGAUUCAUACAUUUAUGGAUUGAUUGACACAUAUUGUGAUAUGCAAUUGAUAAUGAAAAAUGCACGGGAUCAUUAAUUAGUUGGUUAAUCAAAAAAAUCAAGUAUUUCACCAGUAAUUGGUUACCACCAUUAGAUAAUUGAGAUACUGAUUUACUUAUUUUUGGCGAAGAUGAGAUAAAAUAGAGUGGGAUCUGGAGAUUUGAGGAAGAACAGGUGAUAGAGUAAAAAAAGAAGGGAGGAGAAAAACAUCUUACGUGGUUUUAGUUUUUGUCCACAUCAUCUUACCACGUUGGACAAGGAGGAGAGUAUGGAGGAAAUAAGGGAGCGGAAUAGUAUUUCCGUUCCGGAAAGUGAUAGACUCACGGCCGGCUCGAUCCGUGUGUCCCGUAAGAGACAAAAUUCAAACUUUUUUAUUGCUCGGCGGAUUUGGAGGGGUGGGUUUGGUGUGGGUCCCACCCCCAUGUGUGUUGCGGGACAACCCGUGGGAUGUCAAUCAUUUUCCUUUCCGUAUAUAUAUCCAAUUGAUAAAAUCCAGUUCGAUUAUAUAUAGUAGUUUUUCCGUACUUUUUAACUUGUCUAAAAAUUUGAUACAUAUCUAGUUGAGACCCAGUUUUAAUCCAAGAGGUGUAUCACCAUCAUCUGCCAGCCAAUCAUGGAACAAGAAGGUCAAUCUUAACGGCUAUCGAUGCCUAAAAGGGACGGUUCCUAUCAGAAGAACUAGCAGAGAAGAGCUACUUGGAGCUGAAUCUUUUUCAAAAUCAAUUAUGCUCAGCCAUGUGCGUGCUCCUAAUGAAAUAAUUGUCCAACCUCCUGGUCAACAUGUGGCAAUUCGUCAAUCCACCAACUCUACACAGGAAGAUCCUGUAAUUCCAUAUCGGGGACUUAAAGCGGAUGUUAAGAUAGACAAUCCAUCAUCCGUGGAGAAGGAUCAGCAAAGCGCUAGUCUACUGUGGCUUGAAUCCGGAACAGCCGAUAAUUUCACGACCAUACAAGCCGGAUGGAUGGUGGCGCCAACAAUUUUCGGUGACUCUGGUACUCAUCUUUUCGCAUUAUGGAGAGAUGGACCGGAAAAUGGGUGCGUCAAUUUGCAAUGCACAGGCUUUAUACAAGUAAGCGGUUCCACUUAUGUUGGUAUGCGCUUUGAGCAUGUAUCUGAAUAUGGUAACCCAGAUAUGCUUGCGGUAACAAUUUUCGUCCACCAGGAUGCUAAAACGGGGAAUUGGUGGUUGACCGUUCAUGGAAGUGAGACAGCUGAUGUUGGUUACUGGCCGCAGGAGGUGGUACCUUACCUACGUUCAGGAGUUCAGUACGUUGCAUGGGGAGGGCUAAGUCAGAUUUCCUCCCGAAACUACCAAAAGCCCCCCAAUGGGAAAUGGUCAGUUCCCAGAUGGGGAUAUAACCAAGGUUUCAGCCAUGUGGAACCUUCAGUAUGUCGACCAGAAUUACGACUUGCAGUUUCCAAUAGAUUAUUUCUUCCAUGAAACUAACGCGGACAAAUCCGACUGUUAUGAUUUAAUCUACAAUGAUGAAAACUGGGAUCCUAAGUGGGCGUUCAACUUCUUUUUCGGAGGACCGGGAGGAGAUUGUUAGACGUUACGAUGCUACAUUUCUAUUUCAACAUCAAUAUGAGUCCUGCUGUGAUCAGGUUAUCCUCGUCACAGAUAUUGUAACGGUGCACGACCUAACCUUUGGAUUCUAUAUCUUAUAUAUGCACACAUCUCUAGAUAAAAUUUAUGUAAUAAAGAUAUUUAUCUAAUUUUUUUUUUA